AUGUACCAGCCUCACUUCCCACGGCUUUGGGGCGUCACGCUUUGGACUCGUGUCGAACUGAAAUGUGUCAUAACGGCUGCACAGCGCAUGAGAUGCUGUCGCUCGAAUGCUCGUGACGACCCAAGAUUGCGCUCUACCUGUACAAACACUUGUCUUAGCACCGAGGGUCAGUCUGACACAGAUUAUGAUGUUGUUUGCCUACACGCCUAUAUUUUGGUAUUUAUUUACCUCCACCUAAUACUGCACACCGACUCAUUUGCUGCGUCUGCUCUGACUUGGCCAUUUGUGACGUUAUCUCGUUCAGCGAGAUUUCGUUCCUCCAUGAACUGCGUUAACUUGACAUAUUUCCAUCCAGCUUCGGCCAUGAUGCUUGGAUUGAUGAAUCCACACUUUCUUUGCUCUCGUCUACACUCUUUAGCUUACUCACAGCUUGCCAGUUCCUUUUGUGGCGCCAGGCCUGUAGUAACCAAGCUGAUGCCUCUGCACCGCUAUCAUUGGUCCCAUUCAUUUUUUCUUAUUUUGCGUCUAUGCUUCGGCGUGUAG